CACCGCGGCCGCUUCUCCCGGCCGCUGCUGCUGCUGCCGCCGCUGUUGCUGCUACGGGCGCCGCGGAGUUGGUGCCCGGGGCCGGGGUGCGCGCGCGCCAGGGGGACCGGCCCCGAUGAAGCGGAAGGAGAAGCGGCUCCUGCAGGCUGUGGCGUUGGGGCUGGCGGCCCUCGUCUUCCUGCCCAACGUGGGGCUGUGGGCUCUCUACCGGGAGAGGCAGCUGGAGGGUGGCCCCGAGGGUGCCGAGGCGGCGGCGGCGGCCAGAGCGGGGGUUGCACAGGGACAACAAAGAAAGCAAAGGAAGGACAUCUAUUUUGGAGAUGGCCGGAGGAGAAAAGACUGGCAUGAUAAAGAAGCAAUCAGGAAGGAUGCUGAGCGAGUUGGAAAUGGAGAACAGGGAAAGCCUUAUCCCAUAACAGAUGCUGAACGAGUGGACCAGGCAUACAGAGAAAAUGGAUUUAACAUUUUUGUCAGUGAUAAAAUUGCUCUGAAUCGAUCCUUACCUGAUAUCCGGCACCCAAACUGCAACAGCAAACUGUACCUGGAGAAGCUCCCCAACACCAGCAUUAUCAUCCCAUUCCACAAUGAAGGUUGGUCCUCUCUCCUGCGCACAGUCCACAGUGUACUGAACCGUUCUCCUCCAGAGCUGGUGGCUGAGAUUGUGCUGGUGGAUGACUUCAGUGACCGGGAACACCUGAAGAAGCGUUUGGAAGAUUACAUGGCCCAGUUUCCAAAUGUAAGAAUCCUCCGAACCAAGAAGAGGGAGGGACUCAUAAGGACUCGGAUGCUGGGGGCUUCAGUGGCCAUUGGAGAUGUCAUUACAUUUUUGGACUCACACUGUGAAGCUAAUGUCAACUGGCUUCCACCCUUACUAGACCGCAUCGCUUCGAACCGAAAGACCAUCGUGUGCCCGAUGAUUGACGUGAUCGAUAAUGAUCACUUUGGGUAUAAGACCCAGGCCGGGGAUGCCAUGCGGGGAGCAUUUGACUGGGAGAUGUAUUACAAGAGGAUCCCCAUCCCUCUGGAAUUGCAGAAACCUGACCCCAGUGAUCCAUUUGAGUCUCCUGUAAUGGCUGGAGGACUAUUUGCUGUGGAUCGAAAGUGGUUCUGGGAGUUGGGAGGGUACGAUCCUGGCCUGGAGAUCUGGGGUGGAGAACAGUAUGAAAUCUCCUUUAAGGUAUGGAUGUGUGGAGGCCGAAUGGAGGACAUUCCCUGCUCCAGAGUGGGUCACAUCUACAGGAAAUAUAUCCCCUACAAGAUCCCUACAGGAAUCAGCCUGGCCCGGAAUCUGAAACGAGUGGCAGAGGUGUGGAUGGAUGAAUAUGCAGAAUACAUUUACCAGCGCCUUCCCGAGUACCGCCAUCUCUCCACAGGGGAUGUCAAUGCCCAAAAGGAUCUCCGAAACCACCUAAACUGCAAAAGCUUCAAGUGGUUCAUGACUGAAAUUGCCUGGGACCUACCCAGAUUUUAUCCUCCAGUGGAGCCCCCAGCAGCAGCCUGGGGAGAGAUCCGCAAUGUUGGCACCCAGCUGUGUAUAGGCACAAAACAUGGUUCCCUGGGCUCCCCUCUGAGACUAGAAAGCUGCGUCAAAGGCCGAGCAGAGGCAGCAUGGAGUAAUGUGCAGGUGUUUACCUUCAGUUGGAGAGAAGAUAUCCGUCCUGGAGACCCCCAACACACCAAGAAGUUCUGUUUUGAUACAAUCUCCCACAGCAGCCCUGUCACACUCUAUGAUUGUCAUGGCAUGAAAGGGAACCAGCUGUGGAAAUACGGAGAUGACAAGACUCUGUAUCAUCCUGUCAGUGGUAGCUGCAUGGACUGUACUGAGAGUGAUCACAGGGUCUUCAUGAAUACCUGCAACCCAUCGUCUCCCACACAGCAAUGGAUAUUUCAGUACACAAACUCAACUGUCCUGGAAAAAUUCAACAGGAACUCUGACCUAUAAGCAUAGCCAAUAUAUAUGUGUGCCUCUAUGUGUCCCUGUGUGUGUGUGUAUACAUAUAUGUAUACAUGCAUAUAUAUAUAUAUAUGUAUAUAUAUAUAUAUGCUCACACACUCCCCUAAACACAUCUGCACACAUAUUACAACUAUUUUUUUUAAACUGGUGAAGGAAAGAGAUUUUUUUUAAGGAAUAAUUUUUUAAAAAAAAACAAGGUCACAGAGAAAGUCUCCAGAGGAAGUGGGGGGAUGACUUGAUCUAAAGGACAAUUUUAAUUUUUCCAGUGCUGCAGCACUCACUUUCUCAUUACCUCUCCCUAUUGAGAAGAUUGAGGUCAUUCGUGGAGUCUUCUCAGAACUGCUGUUCCCUCUGAACCCAACCAUCCCAGGAACAGUAGGCCUGACCAGCUCUGGCGCUUCUCCCCCACAGUAUGCAGCUUAUUUGGGAGGGAGGUUGGAAAGAUGCCCCUUUGGGGUUGCAAAGCUCUCCCAGGUGAUUCCCUCAGCAUAUCUGAGUUUUUAGGACCUCACAUCAUCUCCAACUAACCUCCCAGUUAUAAAAAGAUCUCAGAGGGGCAGCUAGGUGGCACAGUGGAUAGAGCACCAGCCCUGGAGUCAGGAGUACCUGAGUUCAAAUCUGGCCUCAGACACUUAACACUUACUAGCUGUGUGACCCUGGGCAAGUCACUUAACCCCAAUUGCCUCACUAAAAAAAAAAAAAAAAAAAAAAAAAAAAAAGAUCUCAGAAGCUAUUUGAUCAAUACUGGCUGAAAAUGCAAAUGAAAGGAUGGGAAAGUCCUCUAAGUCUUGGGUUGGGAGGGAUUUGAAUGGGCCACGGUAGUAAAGAUCAUAAACUGUAAUGGACCAUAUGUCCUACGUUAUUUUUUCAGCAUUUAUGAGAUGGAUACGGAUGCAGAGGCCCAGCAAGAACAGGAGUUUCAUUUCUGUAGGUCUGACCUUUGGCUUACAUGUCAUAUUGGCAAUAAUAUAGGCUGCACCUUUCCUCGAAAUCUGCUUGUCCACAAUGGGAGCUCAGCCUCUCAUCAUUAGUGUCUGUCUGCCCUGCCCUUGACCUUCUGAGGCAGCCAGGUCCAAGGCUGUAAUUUGUAAUUGGUCCCCACCAGCUUGUAUUUUUCCUUCUUUCACAUGAAGGCAGGAUUGGAAAUUUGCUAGAGGUGCCUGUUUGCCAUUUCCCCUAGAAUUCUCCCCUUCCUUCACCCCUGAUUUGCUGAGCACCACCUGCCCCCCUCCCCAAAAAUUCAACUUUUUCAGUAAAUUUAUUUUUCUAUAGUAGUUUUGUGUAAUUAUUUUCCACUGUAGCCAUAUUUCUUACUAUACUAGUGACAGCCCAGAUUUCUGUAGUUCUUUGUGGUUAACGGAGUGUUUUCAUAGCACUCAUCUGAAGCUGUUCGCACCAAGUGUUACCCUUAUUUUAUAGAUAAGGAAACUGAGACUUGGGAAUGACUUGUCCAUGGUUACAUAGAUAUUAAAUGACAGAGCCAGGCUAUACCCAAGUCUACUACUUCAAGUCCAGUGUUUCUACUUCACCACCAUUGUUGCCUGGACCCUUGCUCAAGAUGUGAUCAGUGAUGGCUGUUCCCUCCCAAAUGGCAAGCACUGCAGCCUGUCCCAAGUACUUCAUCUUUCCCCUUGGCUCACCAGAACAAAAGCCUUAAUUUGCAGUUACAGCAGAGCACUAGAAUCUUACCCGAAGCUGCCACUAAUUUAAGCCCUAGCUUCCAGGAAGAUUCUUAACUCAUGAUGGAAUCAGUGGUGAGUUAUUAGCUUCUAGGCCUCAACAAGGAAGCUGGAAGGCUUACUUUAAACCAGACUCACAACCACAACACUAAGAGUUAUUUCUUGUGGAGCCUGCUGGCAUGGGGCAUCCCAUCCUCCAGGGGGAGGAGCAGAGGGACAUCCCUAGGAGGAAUGAUGGGAAGAGAACUGGCCUGCGAAGCCAGAAAAACCUCAUAGCUGACUCCAAGUCUGUGAAGAGCUGUUGUCAUGUGGAAAAGGGAUUAGACUUAUGUUUGGCACAAGUAGAAACAAUGAGUGGGGGUUGUAAAGAGAGAUCUGACCUCAGUGAACAAUUCAGGUUGUCCAAAAGAGGUAUAGGCUGCUUCAGGAGGUAGUGAAUUUCCCAUCAUUAAGCAAAAAGUAAAAGCUAAUCACUUUUUCAUAAAGUUUAGAAGGGAUUAAUUCUGAAGUAGAGGCUGGACUAGAUGGUAUCUGAAGUCCCCUUAACUUCUAGGUUCCAAGCCUGACUCUGCCACUGAUAAGUUGCAUGACCUUGGGUAAAUGACUUACUGUCCUUGGACCUGUUUCAUCUAUAAAGCCAUAAACUAUAAAGUAGGUAUUGUAAGAGUUAAACACUGCCUGCUUUCCGGAAACGUUGAGAGGAAAGCACUCAAAAGAGAAAAUGUGAGUGCUAAGUGCUAUCAUUGCCAUCUUGCCUGACAAAAGACCUUGGGGGUGUCCCCUCGCUGACUUCCUCUCUAACCUAACUCCCAGGUUCUCAGCUCAAAGGUAAUGUUCCUCCCAGCAGCUGCCAGGAUUCGUGCUCAAGCCCACCAGUAGUCCACAUUGGCAAGGCUCCACCCAGACUGAUGAGAAGUUUCUCACAUCCCCUUAGAGUAUGUUCAAACAAUUCCCAGAGAUAAUUCCCCCCCAGCAGUAAAGGGUCAUUUUUUUUUUCACCACAUGGUCACCAGCCCUCUCUAAACCAGCAAGUCAAAAGAUAAGGGGACCACAAAACCAAGAGGAAGGCUGUAGACAAUCAUCCAGGUCAUGAGUGGCUUUAAGGUUAUCAUACCCACGUUUGACUUGCUUUGCUAGUCAUCCCUCAGAGGGGGAUAAAUAGAAAUAGUGUCUCCAAUUCUGCCUCCUCUAGCUUCUGUCUUAUUUACAGUAAGGGGAAAAUCCAAGUGUCCCAUGACCAGAUAUACAUCUCUCUAAAUUCCAUUCCUUAAUGGGUUCAUCUUGCUCAGUUAAUUACAUUCCAUUCUCCCAGGGGCUUCCCAAGCUAAUGGAAAGUAUUUGCUUAGCCAACCUGCCACCCACUGAUUAAAAAAUAGAAAUUGUGUUUGGAGACCUAUGAUGGAGCAAAGGUGUGAAGCCAUUAUUCCAAUUAGUUUUCACUAUUUAGAAAUUAAAUUACUACAGCAAAAGUCUAGAAACAGAAUCUCACAUUUGCAUUUGAGAUAAAAAUCUGAUUUCAAGUGCCAUCAGUCAUUUCUGGGGAAAAGGGACAGGUUUCUCCUAUUUCAGAUCGAAGAUGUUACCCUGAAGAAAUUAUUAAAAUCAUCCCACUCCUCCUCCUGCCCAAAAACUAUUAGUGUGUUGAACCUCAGUGCCCUUUUCCAGUGCAGACCUGUUUUCAUAUUCCCAAUAAGAUGUCUUUAACUAGAAAGGGGAUCUCUAAUAGACCAGUGAGCUUGAAGGCCAUUCCUGGCAAAAUUCUAGAAUAGACUACUGAACAAUGGUCUCUAGGAACUAGUAUGGGUCCCCUUGAAAAAAGUUACUAUAGACCAACAUCUUUCAUUAACCAGACUACAAGAUGGGUAGAUAGGGAAGAUAUAUGGUACAGUUGUAUGUUGGAAUUGCAAAAAAGGCAUUCAGCAGGGCAGCUAGGUGGCGCAGUGGAUAAAGCACCAGCCCUGGAUUCAGGAGGACCUGAGUUCAAAUCCAGCCUCAGACACUUGACACUUACUAGCUGUGUGACCCUGGGCAAGUCACUUAACCCCCAUUGCCCUGCAAAACAAACAAACAAAAAAAGGUAUUCAGCAGUCUCACAUUAUCUUAAUGGACAAAAUAGAGAUGCAAACAGGAUGAUCAUACAUUUAGAUUGAGAUGUAACCAUUGAUACAACUGGACUCAAAUUACUGGUAUCAAAUAGUUCCAUAUUAACCAGAGGAGAAUUCUGUAGUAGAGUGCAAUAAGGAUCUGUCCUUGUUGAUGUUGUGUUUAUAAUUUUUGUGAAGAUACAGAUGACACGUUAUCAAAUUUCAGAAUAAUAGGAGGGAUAACUGAUAGCAAUUGACGACAUUAGGAUCCAAAAAUAUCUGUACAGUCUUGAAUGGUGGACAGCAGCUAAUAAGAAAUUGACCAAAGAUAAAGAGGCUCGAAUAAUUAUUUUAAGCUGCUUCAAUACUGGACAGGGGAGAUAUGGUUAAACAUACAUUUGAACCAAUGUUUUUUUUUAAUUUUGUUUUUGUUUUUUGUUUCUUUGGUGAGGCAA